GCUGAGACAGAAAGCAAGACAAGCAACACCAAGAAGACAACAGACACCUGAACAGUGUUUCAUCUCACAAGAAGAGGACUCAACACUAAACCCACUGAAGAUGCUGUGCUCUCAUGGAGUCCAGUCUGCACUCAGUCCAUUCAUGGACUUCUACUGGCCUGUGCGCAGUCUGUGGCCAGAGAUCAAGCCUCUGUUCUACCAGCAGGAUCUCCUGCAGAGAAACCUACAGGAGCUGUGCAGCAGUCUGGAGCUGAUGGAUAAACUUCAACACAGGAUCCUGGAGGAGACAGAUCCUUUCCAAAGCAGCAUGGCUGUGCAGCCAGUUGCCGUCCAGCUGGAGAAAGAGGGAGACAAGUUUGCUCUGAUGCUGGACACUCAAGGCUUUUCCCCAGAGGAGCUGUCUGUCAGGCAAGUGGGCAGGAAGCUGAGAGUCAGUGGCAAGACAAAGAAGAAGCAGGAGGAUGGGAAAGGCUCGUACUCUUACAGACUGCAGGAGUUCAGACAGGAGUUUGAUCUGCCUGAAGGACUGAACCAUCAAGCCAUCACGUGCCACCUGUCUCCAGAUGGGAAGCUCCACAUCCAGGCAGCCAAAGCUCCGUGUGUUGAAGAGGCUGAGAGAGAGCUGACUAUCAAGAGGAGCUCAGAGGACAAAGCACAGCAGAGUGUGUGUUCACAGGCAGAAGACAGCAGGACAGAGACACACGCUGUUUGACUGGACUAAUGACAUCACUCGUCAAUUGCUCAUCCAUCAUGUCUGACUUCUUUUCUGUGAAACUAUUUGAUAGGCUGCCUCAGUGACAAAAACAUGUAAAAUAUAUAAAUGUGUAAUAAGCUUUUACUUCAGAUUAUAGGUUUGCAUUUCCAUUUAAUUGCAAUACCCAAAAAAUCACCACAGGUGAUGGUUCAUCAGGAAUACAAACUUCACUUG